AUGGCGCACCCCGAGAGCUCACCACCGGUCCGUAACCGCUCGCUCCGCCUCACCUCGCCGCUCCUCCCCAGUUCUCCGGCGAAGGAGGUCAAAGGCCACCCGAUUGCGGCGGCGGAGUCGUCGCCUCGCGCCCAGUCGGGGGAAACGGACGAGAGGCCUGCCGCGAAGGAGGCCGCGGCGAAUGGGGACCCUCCCUCGAAGGAGGCGGGGGACGGGACGGCGGUGGCGAGGCCCCCUCUCUCGAAGGAGGCGGUUGCGGGCGGGGAGCUUGGAGCGGAGGGGGAGGGCCUCAGGAAGCCAGAGGCCGAAGGGGAGGGCGUCAAGAAGCCCACCGCGGCUGAGCUCAAGAAGGCGGAAACCGGGGGAGAGCACAAGAAGCCGACCGGCGACGAGCCCAAGAUUCCGAGAGCGGACGAGCCUGGGACAAGCGGCAACGAGCCCGAGAAUCCCAGAGCGGGCGAGGCUGGGACAAGCGGCGCUGAGUCGUCCAUGCCAGUCAGGGCAUGGGUGACUGGAUUGGGGGCGGCCGGCGAGAGGUUGUACGGAUUAAGCACGUCCAUUUCUGGGUACCAGGCCAGCGUUGCACAUCUUAGCGAAUUCCUGCAGCGCGUCGCUACUUAUGCGCCGGACAGCGCCACAGCAGGACCUGGCCCAGCUGUGCUGACUAGCAUCGCCAGGGUUUGCGGCAACAUCGGGGGUUUACUAGGAGAUACUGCAGCUGCAAUCCAAGGAGCUAACUCUAUAGGGCUGCUUUUGGGGGGUGCACUUCAACAGGUGGCACGGCUCUACGGGCUAGAGGUGGUGGAGGAGCCAAAGCCGGAGGGGAAGCCUGAGGCAGCCUCUUCACCAACGAAGACAAAAAUCAUCGUUAGCACGGUUGAGCAGGCAGUAAAGGUUAUCAAGUGGAUUGGCAACGACUCUGAGGCUGAGGUGGAUGUCGACCUGGAUGUUACGCCAUUCAUGGCUGUCAAGAUUUACGAAGAGUUCAGGUCACACGGCCCUCAGGUUCUGUCCUUGAUCAGUGGAGGAGCCACACUGAAGGCUAAGCGGGCUGCCUUCUACGAGAAGAACGACUAGUCGGGUCCAGGACCCUUUACUGGUUGAUUGUUCUGCUGGUGGGAGUUCAGUUCUGUAGGCAGAUGUAGCUCUGAUGAGUCAUUGUCAUGAAUAGA